AUGGGCUGUUGUUCCCACGUGGCGAGUGCGAUUUCUAGUAUUGUGCUUGGAUCCAUGCUGGACGGUAAAUAGCUUAUAGUAUAGCCGUUGUAUGAAUCGCCUGGCGGAACCUUAGGAUUACUUAUGUUACAGUUGAAAAUACUCGUGAGAGCCAUUUCCUCGAGCAUCGGACUCGCUUCAGCUGGAACAUGGACAGAGUACUUGGUAGAUUUCCACCCAUUUUGAAUGCAGUUCCAUUUGCAACUAACUGUCUGAACUCGUUGAUCUUUUGAACUGCCUGAGUUGUCAUCGACUUUGAAUUUCCAAGACUAA